AAACCACGUUGGCAUCUCUGGAAUCCAAACUAGGGAAUCAUGAUAAACAUUAAUGGGGCAUGCAACCACACGAGGAUUCUCCUGUGGUUUCUUCUGCUCUAUAUGUUUGUUGAGAUGGUGUUCUCUGGAGAAGACACUAGAGUUGCCACUAAGAGUGGAAUAGUCAAAGGAAUUAAUUUGCCUGUGCUUGGUGGAACAGUAACAGCCUUUCUUGGGAUUCCUUAUGGAGCACCACCUAUUGGCCAACUCCGUUUCAAAAAGCCACAACCUCCGGAAGAGUGGAAAGGGGACCGGGAUGCCACGAAGCAUGCAAACUCUUGUAUGCAAAACUUUGACAAUACUUUCCCUGGAUUCGCAGGGUCAGAGAUGUGGAACCCCAAAACAAACCUCAGUGAAGACUGCCUCUAUCUGAAUGUGUGGGUUCCUUCUCCUAAGCCUAAAAAUGCAACUGUCAUGGUAUGGAUCUAUGGGGGUGGCUUCCAGUCUGGGACAUCCUCAUUGGAUGUCUAUGAUGGCAAAUUUCUAGCCCGAGUUGAAAGAGUCAUUGUUGUUUCAAUGAAUUACAGGUUAGGCGCCUUGGGAUUCUUGGCUUUGCCAGGAAAUGAAGAUGCACCAGGAAACGUUGGCUUGUUCGAUCAACGGCUGGCACUUCAGUGGAUCCAGGACAACAUAGCCAGCUUUGGAGGCAACUCUAAAAGUGUGACAUUAUUUGGAGAGAGUGCUGGCGCAGGGUCUGUUAGCUACCACCUCUUUUCUCCUCAAAGCCAUCCUCUCUUCACUAGGGCAAUCAUGCAAAGUGGUUCUGGAAAUGCCCCUUGGGGUGCAGUUCUACCUUCUAAAGCAAGGGAAAGAACACUGGCUUUAGCAAAGCUUCUCCAGUGUACAAGUAGCAAUGAAACAGAGAUAAUUUUUUGUCUCCAGAAAAAAGAUCCCCAGGAGAUCCUUGACACAGACAUUUCAGCUUUGAGAGUGAGUGCUCUUAUAGAGAUGAACUUCCUUCCGGUUGUUGAUGGUGACUUUCUUACCGAUAUGCCAGCAACAUUGCUGAAGAAUGGGCAUUUUAAACGAACUGAAGUCUUGAUGGGAGUGAACAAAGAUGAAGGUGCAUAUUUCCUUGUGUACGGAGUGCCUGGCUUUAGCAAAGAUAACAGCAGCCUUAUAAACGAAACAGAGUUUCGGGCAAAUUUGAAGUUCUCCUUUCCAGAAACAAGUGAAACUGGACUGGAAUCUAUUGCUUUUCAGUACUCAGACUGGGAAGAUGAGCAGAACCCUUUCAAUUAUCGUGAUGCCAUGGAUGAUGUCAUUGGGGAUUACUAUUUCAUAUGCCCUACAGUGGAGUUCACAAAAUAUUUUGCCCAGGCAGGGAACAAUGCUUUCUUAUACUUCUUUGAGCACAGAUCUUCUAAACUUCCUUGGCCAGAGUGGAUGGGAGUUCCACAUGGAUAUGAAAUAGAAUUUGUAUUUGGACUACCUCUAGAGAGAAGAGUUAAUUAUACCAAAGCAGAGGAAACACUGAGUAGGUCGAUUCUGAAAUAUUGGGCCAGUUUUGCCAAAAAUGGAACACCCAGUGGGACUCAGAUUAAUGGGACAAAAUGGCCAGUCUUCACCACCGCUGAACAAAAAUACUUAACAUUAAGCACAGAUGGUUCAAAGAUUCGUACAAAAUUACGUGCCCAGCAGUGCCGAUUCUGGAAUAUAUUUUUUCCAAAAGUCCUGAAGAUGACAGGAAAUAUUGAUGAAGCAGAACGAGAGUGGAAAGCAGGAUUCCUCCGCUGGAACAAUUACAUGAUGGACUGGAAAAAUCAAUUUAAUGAUUAUGCUAGUAAGAGGGAAAGCUGUGCAGGUCUCUAAUUAAAAGUUUCAGCCUUUC